UCUCUGGAGCAGAAGAUGUUUAUUUUCCUCUUGAAGCGCAUAUACCGUAACGACUCUCACUUUCCAGGCUCUCAGCAAACUGCACCACGUGACAAUACCAACUCAAAGAACUUGACAACUCGGCGGCUCCAAACGGAAGAACACAACAGUGACUAUAUCAUCCAGAAGCUCUUAUCACGCCACCCCGCGCAAGGAUAUAGUCUGCUGGCUUUACUCACGAGGUUGCAUUUACCGACGCUACGGAACCUCCCGGAAGACUAUCGAGACCUGGACGUGGACGAGGAGACAGAGAAGGCAGACAAAGACCAGGAAGAGGUGCUGGACGUGUUAAGACCAGCCUCUAAGAAGAGUCUGGGAGCGUGUAUAGCUAACUGUUUGACCGUCAACAGGGCCAUGAACUUCAUCCAGUGCAAGACUAUGUGUCACUAACAAUAACCAAGGUGGUUGUUCAGAGCGAAAAGUGUUGCAGUUUCUGAAGCCGCUGUUGGAUCAACUAGCCCCACAUUCCUUCUGAUGUCUAGUUUUUACAAUUUUCCAGAAGUAACAACAGACAUUACUAAAAACAUGGAUUGCUACGAUGUCGAGGGAAUUAUUUGAACGAAACAAAACAAAAAAGUCUGCACGAACAACCAAGUUAUGAAACAAUAAAAGAAAGAAAUGUACAUACAA